AUAGCAGACUGACGUCAGAUGCCCCGUGAGGACAGCAGGAGGACGUGCGUGGCCCGCCUGCCCGCAGCACGCGCGGGACGCGACGCCACGGCCCUCGCCGCCUUCGAGAACCUCACCACGGGCUACAACAAGUACCUGCGGCCCCACUUCGGCGGAGAACCUGUUCAAAUUGCAAUGAGUCUGGACGUCGCCAGCAUUUCUAGUAUAUCGGAGAGCGACAUGGAUUACACGGCCACCAUCUACCUGCGGCAGCACUGGACGGACCCGCGGCUCGUCUUCGACGGCAACCAGAGCUUCACGCUGGACGCUCGCCUGGUGGAGCUGCUCUGGGUGCCCGACACCUACAUCGUGGAGUCCAAAAGGUCCUUCCUGCACGAGGUGACGGUGGGGAACCGACUCAUCAGGCUGUUCUCCAACGGCACCAUCCUGUACGCACUGAGAAUUACUGCUACUGUUGCUUGUAACAUGGACCUGUCAAAAUAUCCCAUGGACACCCAAACGUGCAGACUGCAGCUAGAAAGCUGGGGAUACGAUGAAAACGAUGUGACGUUCACGUGGCUGCGAGGGAACGACUCCGUGCAGGGCAUGGAGAGGCUGCGUCUCUCCCAGUACACGGUGGAGCGGUACUACACCCUCGUCUCCACGUCGCAGCAGGAAACAGGCAACUACCCACGACUGAUCCUGCAGUUCGAGCUGAGGAGGAAUGUUCUGUACUUCAUUUUGGAGACCUACAUUCCCUCCWCUCUGCUCGUCAUGUUGUCCUGGGUUUCUUUCUGGAUCACGCUGGAUUCAGUCCCUGCAAGAACCUGCAUUGGAGUAACAACGGUCCUUUCCAUGACAACUCUCAUGAUCGGCUCACGAAGUUCACUUUCAAAAACGAACUGUUUUAUCAAGGCCAUUGAUGUUUAUCUCGGCAUCUGCUUCAGCUUUGUCUUCGGUGCCCUUGUGGAAUAUGCAGUGGCUCAUUACAGCUCAUCACAAAAAUGUGCAGCUAAAGCACCUGCACAGGGGCCCGCAAGUGAACUUGCUAAAGAAAUGGAAGAAGUCAGCAUCACCAACAUCCUCAACAGCUCCCUCGCCAGCUACAAACGGAAAAUCAGCUUUACCAGCAUUGAAAUUUCUAAUGAUAACAUCAACUGCAGUGACCUGACCAUGAAAACUCAUGAGAAAAUCAAAUUUGUCCUGAGAAACAAAAUGCACAGGAUUAUCAGCUAUUUCACUAUUCAGAACCCCAGCAACGUUGACCACUAUUCUAAAUUGCUGUUCCCUUUGUUCUUCCUGUUGGUCAACGUGCUUUACUGGGCUUAUUACCUGUAUUUUUAGAAGCAGUAGGUCCCUUGCUUCUCCCGCCUCUGUGGAGCAGGUGGGUAUCUAGGUAGGUAACCUCAGUGAAUCCCCUGUGAUCCAAAGGCUCUGCUGUGCUUCCCGGGAUGUGGAGCUGAGGAGCGUGGUUAUGUGAGACACAAACCCUGGUGUUGGAGCAGCAGCGACGUUGACCYUGGGCUCUUGCCUGCUCAGCUGAGUCACUGCCCGUGCUCCUCCCUGCCUCACAUUCCAGCUCCCAGCCUCUCUGUAGACACAGGCCUGCACGCGGCAGCCUGCGGAGCACCCGGGGAGCAGAAUGAUCCCGGGGCCCUGAAGCAGGUUGUAGUGUAGAUCCCCACGAGGCUGCAGGCUUAUCCACCCUCAGCUGUGUUUGCAGAGGGUAGCAGUGGCCGAGGGGCUUGGUGCUCUCGGCAGCUCUCCCAUGCAAGCAGCUGGCACAGGGGCACGGGUGGCACUGCCCUCCCUCAGGCCUCUCGGGGCUGCUGGGGUCUGGGCAGCUGCAUGUCUCUGGGAGCCCUGGUGGGCUUCAGCUGCUGUCGUUUGCUGAAGGAUCAGCCCUGAUGCAGAGAUGACGGGCGCUUUGUAGCCUUUCCCAGAGCUGUGUUCUGAGCUGUUUGGGAACAGGGAAUACAGGCAGCUUGUGGCCCUGCUCUUGCACUGUUGUGCUGACUGCCGUGGUGCCGCAGUCAAGCCGCCACCGUCCCUGUUUUCCUGCCAAGUAGAUGACUGUGCAAUGGAGAGCAUCUCCUCCUGCUGCUCGGGGCAGCUCCCGUGUCCUGCAGGAG